AGUUCCAGAGGAACCCUUGGAUGUAGAGAGCGAGACCACAUGUAUUGUUUUCUUUGCCUAUAGUGAAUUUAUCACAAGGUGAAGGUUAAAAAGGGGUUUUUUAAGCUGCCCCUGCUUUUACACCAUUUAAACAGUCGCAAUUGAUCAACUCACUUUAUUAUAUGGAUCAAGAGUUGGUUCAUGGGACUUUCACUGAAUCCUGAUUUAUUUCGCCUGCCUUGUACGAAUGUGAAUAAUUAUGAUACAUAUAUAUAUAUCACAAAAGCGUUAUCCUUGUAGUUUAGUACUACAAAUUUUACCUCUUGGCCGCCAUAAAUUUUAAAAGCAGGACUGAAUGCAUCGCUUUGUGGCCCGCAAAGUUGCCAAAGUUGCAUGAAUUUGCUAUAGCUAUACGGAGGGGACAACGACCUUCUGGGAGAAUCUCGGACCCUUCGAUUUUUCAGAGAAGACAAAGCGCGAUUGAUUCACAUUUUUUCCAUUUCAUGACAAUUGUGAGAGGUGGCGCACGAUUGGAAUGAAAUUUGGGAAUAGUGUAAACGAAAAAUGUCAGUGAGCGUUCUACUUUUGAUCUCCAGUUCAUCAAGUGUAUAUGCAAACAUGCUUUUCCAUUUUCAGGCCUUUUCUGUUUUGUCAAGAGUAAAAGACGAAGAUGCAAAGAAGAGAGAAAUAUUAUCAGCGUUUUACUACGAGGUUAACAAGUGUUAUGAUGGACUUGAUGACAAGAUUCGAACAUUGCUGUUGAAGGAUAUGGGCAACGUGACAGAGAAGAUGAAAAAUCACCAGAUAAGACUAGGACAGAAAGAUUACUAUCUUUUAGUGGCAGGUGAAACUGGGUCUGGAAAAAGUAGUCUGGUAAACCUCAUUCUCGGAGAGGAGCUUCUUCCUUAUUCUGUACUUAGCACCACCUCAACCAUCUGCGAAUUGAGAUACGGAGAGGUUUGCAGAAUUGUUGCCCACUUUAAGGUUAAGGAUCCGGAAACAGGAUUGCAGACGAAAUCUUUUCCCCUAGUAGAGCCUUCAGGUGAGGCAUCUAAAAAGAGCUUCCUUGAGCAGAUCUCUCCCUAUGUCCAUUUGAAGAGCGACCGAGAAAAAGGUUCCAUUUACAAGAAGGUUGAACUCUACUGGCCGCACCGACUUUUGAAGAAUGGAGUAGUUAUUGUCGACAGUCCUGGUGUUGGUGAAUCUGACAUCAUGGACGAAAUAGUGACAGAGUAUCUACCUCAAGCCUUUGCAUUUGUAUAUGUCAUUAACUGCGCGAACGCCGGAGGAGUUCAGAGAGACAGAGUAAGUGUGAACGUAAAACAGAAGUAAAAAACUGCCCUUGCAAUAGUAACUUGAAUUUAACAUUCGGAAUUGUGCACUUUCUUAUUAAAUUUGCCUUACUUUAUGCCAAACCUUGUUCGAGGAGCUUUUGACCUAGGAGCCAAAGAAGCGAAAUUACGAGAGAGCGAAGCUUGUGGAUCACUGUGAGCUUCGGCGAACAGAAAAUGUUCAAGGUGUUUAUUAUCCUUCAAGUAUUUUUAUUAAAAAAACAAUAAAAUGUCUACGAACAGGUCCCUGUUAGCUAUUUGGGAUAUUUACUUUUCGGUUUUCUCUGGUACGACUUUAAGAAACAUCAAUCAUGUCCUUCCUCCUGCGACAUUAACGAAACGUUGUCUUAUCUUGAAUUAAAUUUUAAAUGAAGACUGUUAUAGUCGUAGACGAAAGGUUUGAAAAUUAGAGAAUAUCACUUGAGGUAACUCCUCGGAUAUUCCCC